GCGCCCCUCUCGACUCGCCGGCCGUCAGUCGCGCUCCAUCGCUCUACCAGUUCGUUGUCGUACGGUCGUCUUCUCGAAUACGCACACACCAUGGCCGAAGAACAGGAGAACAAGACCGCCGCCGAAGAGACUCCCAAGCCGGAGCAAGAGGUUGUGAAGGCGGAGGAGGCCGAGAAGGCUCCUGAAGAACCGCCGAAGGAGAUGCGAGCCGUGGUUCUCACGGGGUUCGGCGGCCUCAAAUCCGUCAAAGUGCUGAAGAAGCCGGAACCGACAGUAGCUGAGGGAGAAGUUCUCAUCAGAGUCAGGGCUUGUGGCCUAAACUUUCAAGACCUGAUGGUGAGGCAAGGCGUGAUCGACUCUCUGCCCAAGACACCUUUCAUCCUGGGGUUCGAGUGCGCUGGUGAGGUGGAGCAAGUUGGGGAGGGUGUAGAGAAGUUUAAGGUGGGAGACAGGGUUGUAGCUCUGCCAGAGUACCGAGCGUGGGCCGAGCUGGUCACGGUUCCGCAGCAGUUUGUGUACCCGCUGCCCGAUGACCUCAGCUUCCUUGACGCUGCGGCACUCACCAUGAACUACAUCGUCGCGUACAUCCUGCUCUUCGAGUUGGGAGGCCUGUCUCCUGGCAAGAGUGUUCUCGUGCACUCUGCCGGCGGUGGAGUGGGCCAAGCUGUCGCCCAGCUCUCCAAGACCGUAGAGGACACUGUAGUAUUUGGAGUUGCUUCGAAGGCCAAACAUGAAGCCAUCAAAGACAGUGUCGACCACCUGCUGGAACGUGGUACCGACUAUGCUAGCGAAGUUAGGAAGAUAUCUCCUGAAGGAGUAGACAUAGUGCUGGACUGCCUGUGUGGAGAGGAAUGCAACAGAGGCUACUCCUUGCUCAAACCUAUGGGCAAAUAUGUACUUUAUGGAUCUUCUAGUGUGGUAACUGGAGAGACGAAGAGCAUCUUGAGUGCAGCACGAUCCUGGUGGCAAGUAGACAAGGUUUCACCUAUCAAGCUGUUUGAUGAGAACAAGUCUCUGUCAGGCUUGAAUCUGCGACAUCUGAUGCAUCAACAGAACAGUGCAGGCUACGUUGCCCGGAUCUUUGACACUGUAGUUGCUCUCUGGAGAGACGGCAAGGUCACCCCCGUUGUUGAUUCCACCUGGGCCAUCGAAGACGUGCCGGAAGCCAUGCAAAAGAUGCACGACCGCAAAAAUAUCGGCAAGAUUAUUAUGGAUCCCAGUAUGGAACCUAAGCCUAAGCCUGCUACCCCAGCCAAGGGCAAGGCCAAGUCCAUUGAUAAAGAUGAGAAGAAGAAGUCUGAGGAUGAAUCCAAUGAUUCACCCCCUCCUUCAGCAGAUGGCAAAGAGAAGGAGGAGGAGAAGAAGGCCUCGAGUUGAGCUACCCAUGAAAGCUUUACACGAGAAGAAUUUUCACAGCCUUAAACCAAAAAAAGCAAGCCAGAUGCACGGAUCUCUAGCGAAUGGAUUGUCUCACUAAGUCAUUUAUUCAUUUAGUCAAACGCAAUUUGGUUAAGCAUUUAAAGGUUAUAAUUGAUUUGUUGCAUUUAAUAAUUUUCACAAUUUAAAAAAUAAUAAUUUUAUAUUCACUCUAUUUUUUCAAUUGGUAGAUAGUGUAAAAUAUUCUAUUCUGUAGAGAUUAAAACUUUUGUAGGAUAUUCCUUGCUUACCUUAUAUAGGAAUGUAAUGUAACGUACUUGUAUGUAAGAACAUGUAUGGACUAUUGGAUAUCUCAUAUAGUAUUAUCCUUGUGAUUCUGCUAUAAUUUUAAUAGUUGGAUUCAUUUUCUUUAAACACAGUUUUAAUGUAUUAGAAUUAGGCAUAGAUUUAUGUUGUAUAUUGUUUUUAGUCGUAUUACCAAUAUUUUUAUACAUAGUUAAUCUAAUUCUUUAUGUUUUGUUGAUAGAGUAUCAGUAAUAUUACCUUUUAAAAUAUUGUUAUUGAAUGAUGAUUUUAAUCUUAACACGUAUUUUUCAAUUAUCAUAAAAUCAGAAGCUGUUAAACUAGUAUUUGGAUUUAAAAAAUCAAUUUGGCACAUGAGCAGCUGGCGAGGUGAGAAAUGCGUGUUAAUUGUUAGCACUUAGGCUAGGCAAGAUAUAAGUAAUUUUGUUUGAGUUAUAUAUUUUAUUAGUGUCCUUAUUAAAAAUGUAAAUUCGUGAUGUAAAUAAGCUUAGGAUUUCUAAAGAGAUGCUUCUCGCAGCAAUUUCUUUACCAGUUUUGCUUUGACGCAACCAAAUAUUAAAUGGAUUGUUUAGAAAACUGCUCAACUCAAUUUGUCAUUUCCAAGGUAGAAAAAACACAAGGUGUGUAGCUUGCUGAAGUUGAAAUCAAUUUAAUGUUCCUUAUCAAACCAAUGAAGCGUUAGGCCAGCUCUAGGGGUAGUCUCAGCCAACAUUGCAUUUAUUAGUCUGUUGAAAAUGUUUGAAUUUUUCACUGACAAUCACGUAAUAGCACAUCAAAGGUUAAAAUUUUAUGGCAGCAUUCACCUGAAGUGGCUGUGAAAGAGGUGACCUAUAGGGGAUCUGUUAGUAAUUAGAGACUUAGUGGUUGUUGUUUACAGGCCGUCCUUUUUUUAUUGCAAUUUAGGACUGAACUGUGAAACUAUUGAAUAUCACUGAAUAAAUUUAACCCUAGAAGUGGAUACACAUUCUUUUGUUGUCUUUCAAAUCAAGUCUGGAAAAUGGAUAGACAGUGAAAUUGUGCAAACUUUAUUUCUCAUGUGAAACAGUAAAUGAAUGUUUUGACUACAUUUAAUUCAAUGCAUGGAAUGCCAUCUGAUAGUUGGCAGUAAUAUUUGUAGAGUAAUUUUGUGUGUUUUUUUAAUCCACAUUCUGGUACAUGAUCAAUUUUUUACAAAUGAACUUGCACUUGCUCUUUGCAACAUUUGUUCUAAUUUAGAAUUUUCAUACCAAUUUAUGGAAACAUGAAGUGAGCUAAUGAAGGGUAUAAUUUCAGUAAUUUGACAUAAAUAAUCAGCCACUGAUAAUCAUGUUUGUCCCUUCGCACAUACUGUUUCAGUUUUGUCCGUAAGUAGGCAUUUUUGUCGAAAGUUCUAUAAUAUUGUGUUUGGUAUUUCUUGGUGUCAUAUUAUUAUUGGCAUUAGACUUUAGUUUGGAAGCACCUAAGGGUUGAGUUAGUUGUUAUUUACGAAUAUGGAAAUUUCCGUGAAGAAAUCCUGUAUUUCACAUGAUAUGUCACAAUUAUAGAAAGUCUAUUUUUUUUAUGUAGCCAACAAAAAUUGGGUGUCUACCAUUUGGAGGUUUGCUCAGUGCCACUUCUAGGGUUACGAUGCCAACAGUUACUGAUCAUUGCCUUGAACACUGCCUUAAGUAGAUAAAUGGCGGAUGCAAUGAAUUGAUAUUAUCUUUUUUCGCAGUCAAGUAUUUUUUUAUUGGAUUAAACUUACCAACAGUGAGUAAACUAAACCGAUUUUGUAGGUGAACUGACGAUGAAUGAUGGAAGAUGUGUUAAAUAUAAAUCAUUGACCAAGAUGAUAAUUUACAUGUACAAUUCUAUUUCAAGCAAAGAACGGAAUAGUAAGAAUAGAACUAACAUUUCUGUAGACAUAUUUUAUUUAGAUAGUUGAGUAGAGAAAAAUGAAGAGUUAUAUUUUACGAAAAGUUAUUUAUUCUAACUGCAUUUUGCAUCUUGAAUAUUUUUUUAAACAUAUUAUGAAGUAUUUUAAAUUACUAUUUUUUAUCUUAAAAUUGAAUAGGUGGUUAGUAGAUUAAGUGCUAAUAUUUGGUGCAAGUACCGACGUUAAUCUUAAGCGUACUAUGUAUUACAGUACCAAAGUUAUACUUAGUAAAUCCAGAUCCUACUCGGUGUCUAUCGCCUAUUCUCAGUGUUGUUUACCAAAGUUAUUCCCUUGCAUUGCAUCUUUAACUGCUUUAUCUGUAUUCUAUUUUAAUCUGGUAUAAUACCAAUAUUUUGUAUCUGUGUUUGCUACAAUAUACGCUCCUAUACUUCACUAGAGGCUAUGUGUUCAGUACAGCCAUAAGCUUGUGCGUUGGGCGUGUGUAUGGUUUCAAUAUUUAAGGAUCUCUCUGGAAAAUACAUGACCAAAUAAAGUUUAAUGUUUAAUA